CUCGCAAUCCUUCAAAAACCUGCAAAAGGUGCCACCGGUACCACAAAAUAUAUAUAAGGGGGGUUUAAAUCAUUCUCACAAAUCACAAAGAUCCUGAACUCAAGAAGACGCAACGCAACAAUGUCUGGCUUUGAUAUCACCUUUGACAACGACUUUUGCGAGGCGGCUGAUAGUGUCUAUGUCCUCUCAGAGCCUCAUGCCUUUGGUGGUAACAAGCACCUUUUCCCUACCGUGAACAACCGUGGCUUUAUCUUCAAGGUCGUCAAGAAGGGUGAUACCCACGAGCAUCUUCUUAUGGUUGGUAUUCCUGGCCUUGCAUGCAUCCCCAAAGCCAAAAAGGUUGAAGAAGCUUCCGGUCUAAAGCUGGAGCUUAUUGUGGGAUCGGGUGAUUUCCAUCACAUGGCAAUGGCGGAUUGGCUCAAAGAGUUCCCCGACGUCAAGAUUGUCCAUUCAGCGCUCAAGUUCCCCACAACCCGCAAUGGCAAGAAAAUCCUAGAGAACGAGGAAUGGAAGGCUCGUUUGGAAUUGGUGGAAGGACCUGAUUUUCCUUCGUUGGAGCCAUACAGCGACACCUUGAAGUUUUUUGGCUUUAACCAAUGCUUGACACCUCCGGAUGCUCCCUUUACACCCCCUGACAUUCACACACCCACAAAGCUCACCUUGUUUCAAUACUUGAAGAAUGUCUCCAAACUGGAAGCCACCGAGCGCAUGCUCUGCGUGUGGGCGUAUCAUGUCCCUACCAAGCAGCUGGUCUAUGAGCACAACAUGGACUUCUUCCUUUCCAAGGCAAAGGUGAGCGAGUUCCCCUUUCCACUCAAGUAUGUUUUCCCCAAGGAAAAACUACAAUCUGCCGUCAAACAGCCAACCUCCAAGGGACCCAAAACAUUGGAAGGAUGCAAGGGCCAUUGCGAAGUCUGGGCCAAUGUGUUGGAUUUGGAUGUUCGAGCAUUGUUGGACUAUCACUCGGAUCCGGGCUUGAUGCCCGGUCGAUGGGAGACUAAGGAGGCCUACCGUAAGGAAAUGGUACAGAUCCUCAAGGCCACGGGAGAAGAUGUCGAGGACGGUUCGGCAAUGAUGAAGAAACUUCAUGGACAUGGACCCUGCUGCAUUCUCUAAGGAGACGACGAGAGAACUGUGGAUGCCGCGCACAAUCAAUCAUCCGCCCACACUUGCUGCACGUCGUGGUGUUUUUCGUGUGUCUAUUCAAUUGAACGACAAGAACUUAUCAAGAUGGUGCCUCUUAAUGCACCUGAAAAUCGUUACAAACCAUCUUUAGAUAAACUAUAGUGAUCGCCAAAGUACAUG